GUGGUGGUUGACGGUUAUGAGAAAGUUUGAAAUAAUACGAAGAGAGUCACAGAUGAUUACAGACGAACAAGAAGUGUUUGUUGUGUUUAAUAUUAUAAUUAUACCUAACAUAUUAAUAUAUAUAAGAAGGUGUGUAAUAUUGUGCGACAAUUAAGUAUAACGAAGAGAAUAAAUAAACUUAGAUAUAUGCUUCUGAAGAAAUAGAAAUCAUGUCAAGAAAUUUCAGUUCUACAUGCAACUCCACAAUAAAUCAUAUUAGGAGAAAAAUGGAUCAUUUUGAUUACCAGAAACUAUCACAAUCUGAAAGCAAAGUACGAGAAAUAUCUAAACCUGUAAAAAUUGCACAAUUGUUUCCUAAACAAUUGCAAACUGGCCUAAAAGAUUUAGCUGUUAAAAUAAGUCAACCUGAAAGGAUUACACCUUAUGGGAAAAAUACAUCAACUAAAAAGAAAAAUGAUUCAGCUGUUAAAAUAAGUCAACCUGAAAGAAUUACACCUUAUGUGAAAAAGAAAUCAACUCAAAAAAAAAGUGGAGCGAAUAUGAUUAAUCGAUUUCAUCACAGUGAGAAAAAUGUUCGGCGAAAUUUGAAAUUUACAGAGACCCCACAUACUACAAGAAAAACCAAACACUUUGUAAGAACAAGCACGAGUAAUUUGCACAAUAAAUCCACAGCAAGUGAGAGAAGCUUGCAAACUCAUAGAAGAAGCUUUAUACUGCCGCCAAACAGCAUAAGGAAUAUGCAUGUUGCACAGAACAGUUCCAAGCAAAGCAAAUCUAUGUUUCCACAUUUAAAUCAAGUGCGUAUCUUAACAGAAAAGUCCAUAAGCAAAUAUCCUAGAAUAUCCGAGGUGUCAGAGAAUUCUCCCUUUAUAGAAGAUGCAGAUGUACUUGUAAAUAAUCCUGUUGUGCAAGAGAAAAAUAACACAACAUCAGUCAUACAGCAUACAUCGUUGCAGACAUUUAAAACGAACGAUCGGCCCGUCACAAGUAUUUUAUAUUCCUCUAAUUCCCAUUCAAACGCAAAUAAUGCAGUGAAAAAAGCAAAUCACAAGCACUCAAAUAUCGAUGAGGCCUUGAACGUUAACAUCUGCAGCAAGCAAAAUAGCGAUGGUGACGUCACAAUUGACAAACCGCAAGUGCUUUCCACGCAUAAUAAUAGUAAAGAUGCGAAGAAGAAUGUCAAUCUGCACAAUGGUAGAUAUCUCAACUUAGAAACGAAUGCUGUAUACACACCUGGCGUAGAAAAGAUAACGAUUGAAGAUAUGCGUGUACCUUUACAAGCUAUUAAAAAGAUGAGUGAGUCUUGUGUGGAUUUACAGCGCGGUAUUGAUGAUGAUUGUGAGUAUGUGACUCUCAGCAAGAAAGAACUAGCAAUUUUGACAUCCAACUUGGAGUCUCAUAUGAAUAUCAUGUGCAGACUGGAGGAGAAUAUUUCCCAAUUGAAAUUGACAUCAAUUAACGUUAUAAACUUAUUGUCCACGAAAACUGCGAGUAAAGUUACCAACGAGAUCGAGAUUAAAAAGCAGAUGACCGGAAAUUUCACCGACAACGCAGAAGUAAUCAAUAAUGCGAGCACAAUAUUGUCGUCAAAUGUUCAGAUCAUCGCCACUGAAGUUGAUGACUCAAAAGGUACUUCUACAACACUCGACUCUGAUGCAUUGACAUGUGCGGAAACUAACGUGCCUGAGGCAACAGAAGAUCGCGUAGAAACACAGCCGUCGCGGCAAAUCGAUUUCACACCUGUUGCGGACAAUAAGGAAAACGAAAAGGGUAUAAGUUUGUCUGCGAAGCGCUCCAAGCCUUCAUGUGAAACGCGCCGGCGUUCCGCGCGAUUGAUGGCGAAGGCUCUGAAGAAUUCAAACGCAGAUAAUGAUAGCUUCGUGAAUUUAGAACAUGAAUUGAAUAUCGCGAGCAAAGAGCCUGCUACGCCGAUUAUGUCGCGUAUGGAUAAUACUCCGUUGAUGAGUGGGCGCAAGGACAAGAAGACUGGAAAACCUUGGAAAGAAUAUAUGGCUAUGAAGUCGCGUAUGAGCUGCUUGCUGACGCCGAACAUCAAACGAUUUGAUUCCACCGAAUCGAACAACAAUAUGUGCCCCGAAACUAGUAGCACCAGAUCUUUGUCGAGCAAGAUUCUGGCCGAUCUUCAGAACUUGUAUUCCGAUUCGCCAGACUUGCAGUGAUUUUGCAGGUCAUCUCUCAUUGAUAUAUCUUUCUAAGAUUCUGAUUAAGAUUAAAAAUAAGAUUCUAAUUUCUAAGAAAUAAAUAUAUUCUACAUAUAAUAUUUAUUUAUAAGUAAAUUGUAUGUAUAUGGUAUGUAUAUGGGAUGUUAUGUAUAGAAAACGCUAUUAAUCGACGCGGCAUUUUUAAUAUAUUGAUUUGCGUGCAAACAUAA